AUGGCGAGCGCUAUACCGCGCCCGCUCUCUGAGAUCUCGCCCACAGAAAAGAGGCGAAACUCACCAAGUUGGAACCAGGCCACUAAGAAAAUGGCCCUGAAUACCGACUCGUCGCCAUUCCAGAGCUCCCCGCUGGACGGGACCACUUCCCCCCGCCUUUUCUGGCAGAACCGCAAUGAAAACAACUUGUAUGACCGCGCAGGUUCAGGCUCACCAACUCGUCGUUCUUCCAUUGAGCGCCUGCAGAAGGCUUCACGUGUCAAGAACAGCAACAUCCUGGCUCUCGAACAGAAACAAGAAUAUGAUCCUACCCGGAUCCCCCAGAUCGAGCGACCGCUUGCUAAAGUCCAAGGCAACGCAUACGCCGGUACGGGGAUCAGCGGGUACCGUGAGAACAAGAGUCCUGGACACCAGAGGAGCGAGAGCAAGACAAACAUUCCCCUCUACAGUCCUUCAAAGUCAUCACUCACCGGCCCAAACCCGGUUCUGAAUCCCCCCUACACACCCAGCAAGGAGCAAUCUUCACCAACCAAGUCCUCGCUGGCGGCAAGCCGAUUCAAGAGCAGCUACGAUCAUGAGACUGGCACAUGGUCUGCUGACACAUCUUGCGACGAACGCGAACUCCCCAGUGGCAAGUCGCUUCAUCGCCAUGCGAAGAGCGUGACAUUUGACGCAGCUCCACCGCAAGUGAACGAGUACGAGAUGGCCACACCAGAUUUGUCGUCCAUUGGCACCAACUCUAGGGAAGGCAGCUAUGAGUCGACAGAAGACGACGAGGAUGAUGAUCGCUACGUACAUGGAGAUCAUCAUGGAGACCACGAGGAUAGCUUCGAUGCGUCCCUAGAGGAUACCGACAAGACGCCAGUCGUCGGACCUGAUGACUGGAGACAUGAUCGUCAAAACGACGACCCCUUUGAGGGCAGCCCGAUGCCCGAAAGUGCGCCUGGACAGGCCACACCCAGCAGGCCUCAGCACGGCCGCACGGAUUCGUCCAACUCCAUCAACCGGCCCUUGCCUCCGCUGCCGCCACCCAUGGGUGAGCACACACGAAGCAACUCUGCAUCAUCGCAGGGACUAUCCACGACCGCGGAACGGAUGCUUGGCUCGCAUAGGAACCUGCCUUCUCCUCCUCCUGCGUCUCCUUCCAGCAAAUUGGACAUUCAGAGUAUCGGUAAUGGAAAGAUGACUUUGGAAGAGCGACUCAAGUUAAUGAUGCUCUCUGACGGUGGUAAGACAGCCGCAGAGCAGCAGAGAGAGCGACGCAUGAGACGUGCGGGUGCCCGAGACCGCGCUGAGAGCCAGACUCCUGAGUUUGAGCCACACAACUCAAGCACUCAUGGUGAAGAGGAUGAUACCAUAGGUGAAAUUUCAGGGUUGGAAGAGUAUCAACUCCCGCCUCGGAUCUCUCGCGAGUCUAUCAUGCGCAGAGUUGAUGGCAACAAGCUUUUUGAGCGCGAAUCCGACUACAACUUCUCGUCGCCAGCUCCGAGCUCGAGCCCAGAGCGUCGUCUGCCGCUGGAUCCCGAUGUCCCUAUUCCAAGCACAGAAGACUCCAUCUUGGACGACGACCAGGGCAGCGUUGUAAGGCAUGAUGUUGAUGACAAGGAGGCCGAUGUCUACUCCAUCACCGACCUUUACCAGCGAUCAGAAGAUGGAUCGCAGGAGCCUGAGGAGCAUCCGGAAGACCUUGGCGAUAACUACUCAGAAAGCCAUUACUCUGAUCCAGACCGCCCGAGCAGCUCCAAAUCUGGGGAAACCGGAGAAGAAGCAAUCAUAACCCCACGCGCUGGGUCUCCGGCUCACGAGCAAUCUAUUGACACCGUUGCAAACGCAGAGGAUACUUUACCCCAAUUCUCCUCUGAUAAUAAAGAUCAGGAAUUCACAAGCGGCUUACAGUCCUUCAUGCUGGAGAAUCCCAGAGAAGCCGAAGCUCCCAAGAUGGCUGAUGCUCAUGCCUUCUUGCAACGGCCGUACACUCCGGAUCAGCCCAUGUCCAAACCUGAAUACGAUGGGUCUGGAUGGGGAGAGCCUGACGAGGAGUUUGACGAGCCUGGUACGCCGGAGUCUGUCAUUCAUCAUCCCAUGCUGGACGACUCACCACGCGAGUCUCCAGCUGUGCCCGAGCGGGAGGCUACUAUUAAAUCUGCUUCUGGCUCGAAGUUGAAGACACGACCUUCUGCCACACCUUCCGACCUUAUGGCAAUGCGAGAGGCUCGCCGUCAAGUGAGCCGGGAGAUUCCUGAUAUUCCGCCUAUUCCAGAACGUCACCGCAACCGCAUCUCGCGCGAUAUGGAUGCGGAGCACCUAACAAGUAGCACGGCCAGCGAUGACUUCCUUGAGAGGCAUCCCAGCUUCAAGAAUCGAAGCUUGACAUUGGAUCUUGACCUUGGUCUCAGUCUUGAUCAGGAUUUUGAGCGGGUUAUCGAGGCACAAAAGGUUGCUUUUCACGAUUCUACCCUUCUGUCCCAAUUUCUCGCCGCUACUCAAACACCAUCUAGACAAGUGUCCAGAGAGAAGAGCGCAACUCAAACAAAUCCAGAAGACUUCAAUACUAAUAUCACUUCCCGUAAACAGCGCGGUUACCUCAUGCGACAGAACACGAAACUUGUCGCAGCCAGUGACAAGGAUGGUGACGAUAUCCGUGGCGGCUCUCGGUCUGUAGGUAACUCUCCUGUCAAGCAAACCCGGCCCCAGUCCUGGACAGUCGAACCCUGGAACGGCCAAGUUAGGAAGAAGAGCAUCAGGAAGCGACAUGGACCAAAGGAAGAUAUGAACGUAGAGAUGGCUGGCGAAGAGAGCGGUGAGCGAGGAAGACUCUUCGUUAAGGUCAUGGGUGUCAAGGAUCUUGAUCUUCCUAUUCCCAAGAAUGAACGAACUUGGUUCAGCCUCACAUUGGACAAUGGUGUCCAUUGCGUCACCACUGCAUGGCUGGAGCUUGCUAGAAAUGCGCCCAUCGGCCAGGAGUUUGAAUUAGUUGUGCCAAACGAUUUGGAGUUCCAACUUACUCUGAACGUCAAACUUGAGCAGCCUGCUCCCCAGAGAGUCAUCCCGUCUCCCACUAAGAUGAGCAAGACAAAGACGUCAACCUUCAGCAGAGUAUUUGCGUCACCAAAGAAACGGAAGGAGAUGGAAUUGCGUCAGAAAGAGGAGGAGGAGCGUCUUGCAAGAGAGCAGCGUGAGGCUCAAGCAAGACAGAUCAAGGCACAUCCUACCUCGUGGGACCUCCUUUCUCCAUUGGCGGCUGAAGAUGGUAGUUUUGCCCGAGCAUACGUCUGCUUGAAAGAGCAUGAGACUAGAUGCUUUGGACGCCCCUAUCUCGUUGAUGUCGCUUGCUUCAACGAAUGGGCAACAGAAGAGGCAGGCUUCGCAUCCAGUGUCAAGAGUAAGAGAGGCAACACUGCUGUUGUCCGCAAAGCACCUUACAAGAUUGGCAAAUUGGAGCUGCAACUGCUGUUUGUUCCCCGACCCAAGGGCUCUACGGAUGAUGACAUGCCCAAGAGCAUGAACUCAUGCAUCAGAGAAAUGAAGUCCGCAGAGGAGCGACUUUCUCGCAACUGGGAAGGCCAUCUGAGCCAGCAGGGCGGUGAUUGUCCGUACUGGCGCCGUCGUUACUUCAAGCUCGUGGGAACUAAGCUCACGGCUUACCACGAGGCAACACGCCAGCCACGUGCCACUAUCAACCUUGCCAACGCCAAGCGGCUCAUUGAUGACCGCCGGUCGCUGACCGAGAAGGAGACGACUGGGAAGAAUGGUAAACGUCGUCGCUCGGCUUUCGCUGAGGAAGAAGAAGGCUACAUGUUUGUUGAAGAAGGGUUCCGCAUCCGUUUCAACAACGGUGAAGUCAUCGAUUUCUAUGCAGACACCGCCCAAGACAAGGACGGAUGGAUGAAGGUUCUCUCUGAGGUCAUUGGUCGCGAUAGCCUUGGCGCUGAUGACGAUGGUAUCGGAAGCUCACGAUCCAAGAGCAAAUGGUGUGAGCUUGUCCUUAAGCGGGAGGAUACACUUCGUCGUCGUGCUGAGGGGAGGCGAGUCCAUUCCCGAACGAAGAGCAUGUAUGUCUAA